AAGGAACGUGGCUCCCGCCGCUGCCCGAGCGGAGCGAGGCCGGCCCCGGCGCUCCGAGCCGCAGUGACCGCCCGCCCGCCGGCCCGCCAUGGUGAACCCGAGUCGCGUGAGGCCCCAGCUGCCGGCGGGCGCUCCCCCCAGAGCCGAGCCAGCGGCGGCCCGGGCCAGGCUGAGCGGGCCAGCCCCUGGCGCCGACGGCGGCCUCGCGGCCCCGGGCCUCCCCUCCCCGGGCGGCCUCCGGGAGCCGCGGGGGCUGGACAUCGAGAUGGAACGGCUGCGGCAGGCGGCGGCCCGAGACCCCCCGGCCGGGGCCUCGGCGUCGCCGUCGCCGCCCCUGUCGGCGUGCUCGAGGCAGGCGUGGAGCCGGGACAACCCGGGCUUCGAGCCAGAGGAGGACGAGGACGACGACGACGACGACGAGGUGGAAGGGGAGGAGGGCGGCAUGGUGGUGGAGAUGGACGUGGAGUGGCGGCCCGGCAGCCGCAGGUCCGCCGCCUCCUCCGGGGUCGCCUCCUCCGGCGCCAGCGGCCUGGGGCUGGCCGGCUUCCACGGCGGCAGCCUCCCGAGCGGCCGCCGCCGCCGGAGGAGGGAGGCGCCGGGGCCCGUGUGCGCUGGCCCCGCGGGCCCCGGAGAGGCUCUGCACCGCCACCUCCCCCUGGACGGGCCGCCGCCGCCGCCGCCGCCCCCGCCCCGGGCGCCCGGGGCCCAGAAGCUGCUGCGGGCGCUGCGAGGUCUCUGGGGAACAAGACUGAUGGAAGAAAGCAAUACAAGCCGAGAGAAAUAUCUGAAAAGUGUUCUGCGAGAAUUGGUUACAUACUUCCUCUUUCUUGUGGUUUUAUGUAUCUUGACCUAUGGGAUGGUGAGUUCCAGCAUGUACUACUACACCAGGGUAAUGUCGCAGCUUUUCUUAGAAACACCUGUGUCUAAAAUGGAGAAAACAAAUUUCAAGACGCUCUCCACAAUGGAAGACUUCUGGAAGUUCACAGAGGGCUCUUUGCUUGAUGGCCUCUAUUGGGAGAUGUGGUACAACAACAGAACGGUAGCUGAAAACCGGAGUUUCAUUUACUAUGAGAAUCUGCUAUUGGGUGUGCCCCGAAUCCGUCAACUGAAAGUCAGAAAUGGGUCUUGCUCUAUCCCGCCAGACUUGAGAGAGGAGAUUAAAGAGUGUUAUGAUGUCUAUUCUGUCAGCAAUGAAGAAAGAGCUCCGUUUGGUCUCCAGCAUGGAACAGCUUGGACAUACACAAAUGAAAAAGACUUAAAUGGGAGUAGUCACUGGGGACUGAUUGCAACAUACAGUGGGGGUGGCUAUUAUCUGGACCUGUCGAAAACCAGAGAGGAGACCGCAGCACAGAUCGCUAGUCUGAAGAAAAACAUCUGGUUAGACAGAGGGACCAGGGCAACUUUUAUUGACUUCUCAGUGUACAAUGCCAACAUUAAUCUCUUUUGUGUAGUCAGAUUAUUGGUUGAAUUCCCAGCCACCGGUGGAGUGAUUACAUCUUGGCAGUUUCAGCCUGUAAAGCUGAUCCACUACAUCUCAACAUUUGAUUUCUUCCUGGCCGCCUGUGAGAUCACCUUUUGCUUCUUUAUCCUUUACUAUAUAGUGGAAGAGAUUUUGGAAAUUCGUAUUCACAAAUUACAUUAUUUCAGAAGUUUCUGGAAUUGUCUGGAUGUCAUGAUUAUUGCGCUGUCGAUAGUAGCUAUAGGAAUUGACAUCUACAGGAAAUCCAAUGUGGGAUUGCUGCUGAAAUACCUUGAAGAUCAAAAUACUUUCCCCAACUUGGAGCCUCUAGCAUACUGGCAGAUACAGUUCAAUAAUGUGACAGCUGUAAUGGUCUUCUUUGUUUGGAUUAAGGUGCUUGUCCAAGUUCAGGAACCACCUGGGGCCGGUGUGAAACAGUGCUGGAAUUUUGCUGCAGCAGAGUUCAUCCAGAGGCUUUUUAAAUUCAUCAACUUCAACAGAACCAUGAGCCAGUUGUCCACCACCAUGUCUCGCUGUGCCAAGGACCUCAUUGGCUUUGCAAUUAUGUUUUUGAUUAUUUUUCUUGCAUAUGCUCAGUUGGCCUACCUUGUCUUCGGCACCCAGGUCGAUGACUUCAGCACUUUCCAGGAGUGUAUCUUCACUCAGUUCCGUAUCAUUUUGGGAGACUUCAACUUCACAGAACUAGAGGAAGCUAAUCGAGUUUUGGGACCCAUUUACUUCACUACUUUUGUGUUCUUUACCUUCUUCAUUCUUUUGAAUAUGUUUUUGGCCAUCAUCAAUGACACAUACUCUGAAGUUAAAUCUGAUAUGGCUCAGCAGAAGACUGAAAUGGAGCUGUCAGAUCUCAUCAGAAAGGGCUGUCAUAAAGCUAUGAUAAAACUGAAACUUAAAAAAAACACCGUGGACGACAUUUCAGAGAGUCUGCAGCAAGGUGGAGGCAAGUUAAACUUUGAUGAACUCCGCCAAGAUCUGAAAGGGAAGGGGCACACAGAUGCAGAGAUUGAGGCAAUAUUCACAAAAUACGAUCAGGACGGUGACCAAGAGUUGACUGAACAUGAACACCAGCAGAUGAGAGAUGACUUAGAAAAAGAGAGGGAGGAUCUAGAUCUGGAUCAUAGCUCUUUGCCCCGACCCAUGAGCAUUCGCAGCUUCCCACGGAACCUGGAUGAUUCUGAAGAGGACGAUGACGAGGACAGUGGGCAUAGCUCUCGAAGGAGGGGGAGCAGCUCUAGUGGAGUUUCUUAUGAAGAGUUUCAAGUACUGGUGAGACGAGUCGACCGGAUGGAACACUCCAUUGGCAGCAUUGUCUCCAAAAUUGAUGCUGUCAUUGUGAAACUGGAAAUCAUGGAGAGGGCCAAACUGAAAAGAAGAGAGGUAUUAGGAAGGCUGCUGGAUGGAGUGACGGAGGAUGAAAGACUUGGUCGUGAUAAUGAAAUACACAGGGAGCAGAUGGAGCGCCUAGUGCGGGAAGAAUUAGAACGCUGGGAAUCGGAUGAUGCUGCUUCCCAAAUAAGUCAGCGCUUAGGCACUCCUGUGGGGCCAAACGGCCAGCCACGUCCGAGGAGUUCCCGUCCUUCAUCGUCCCAGUCUGCAGAAGGCAUAGAAGGUGGAGGAGGAAAUGGAGGCGCCAGUGUCCAUGGAUAGUCUGUGCCUUUCUGAUGAGAAGCCAACACAUCCUUAAUUGCAGUAGUGAAUAUACUAUUUAUAUCUCCUGACCAAGGUCUGAUGUUGGUGGUCCCUUUGACUAAUUGGUUUUUUUUCCACUGCACUUUAAUUUAUUGUAUGCAGAUUUCCCCCAUAUAUGAAGGAAGAUUUUUGUUUUCUUUUUCUCUUUAUUGAGUAUGGAAAUGACCUGAUCUCUUUUGAAAAAUACUGAAAGCAGUAUUGGGUUGCUAUUGUGAAUCUUACUAUGUCACAUCAGUUGAUGAUAAAGUAACCUUUUAAACCAGAAGCAAUAAUGCUUUUAAGAAAAAAAAAAGAAUAGGAUUUUGUUUCCAAACCCAAAAUAAGUCAGUAUUAUGUCAUAUUUACAGAAGAGUUGAGGGAACAUGGCAGUCCUAGCUUCAGCUCAGCCUCAUCUGAACACUUCAUGUCAUGUCAAGCUUAGUUCUUAGCUUUACUUUUAAUUUCUUUAAAAAGUGUUUGUUUCAACAGGGUGUCCAAUACGAAACGUACAUGAAGGACGAGAGAGACAGGGCCAUGAAUAGUCCUGCUUGGAAUCUCUUUGCUUAAUUAGCACAUUUCUUUAACAUUUAUAAUCACUGUCCACUUCUGGGUUGUUUAUGAAGCCUGUAUAUAGAAGUAAAAACGUGGCAGAGCUGUCACAUGAACAUUGGUUUGACUGGAUCCAUAGGGUCAGAUAAAGGUAAAGAUUGAUCCCAGGGUGGCCUCUGUAACACAAAGUCAUUGAAUAAGAUCGGAAGGGAUGUGGAGCGCUCGUUCUUCCCUGAAUUAAAUUAAACUCAAUCUUUUGGACACAUUGGUAAGAGAAAGAAAAGGUAAAAGAUCUUUAUACUUCUCAAAUUGAGAUAGAACCAAAUGGGGAAAUCAGGACUAACUCACUAAAUGUAUGUACUGAAAGAUUAAAAUUUUAUAAGAAUUACUUUAUUAAAACGUUAAUAUUAGGAUAGCAUAUAAUCAGAAUGACCCAGCUUUAUGGAAAGGAAGUUUUGGUAUUGAAAGUUAGAUCAUCACUGAAAGAUUGGUUUAUUUUGGAUUUGUAGCUGCCAAAUUUUGAAGCCUUACAUUCUAAAGUGGAGAUGAUAUAUUUGUCUGAA